AAUAUCAUGCAAAAGAGAAACCAAACAGCAUUUCCAGGAUUCCUUCUUCUGGGAUUGACAGAUGACCCAGGACUGCAGCCUGUCGUGGUCUGCUUGUUCUUUUUCAUGUACCUGGUCACUGUCCUCGGUAACCUACUCAUAAUCUUGAUUUCCAGAUUAGACUCACAUCUUCACACACCCAUGUACUUAUUUCUCUCCAACCUGUCUUUAAAUGACAUCUGUUUUAGCACAAGCACAAUCCCAAAGAUGCUGGUAAACAUACAAGAAAAUAGUCAGAGCAUCACAUACAGAAGCUGCCUCACUCAAAUGAGCUUUGUUUUAAUUUUUGGUGGCAUGGAAAACUGUCUCCUUGCAGUAAUGGCUUAUGACCGUUACAUGGCUAUUUGUCACCCCCUGAGGUACACAGUCAUCAUGGAGCCCUGGUUAUGUGUUCUUCUGGUUAUAUUGUCCCUGCUAAUUACUGUUGUGGAUUCUUUGAUGCACAGCCUGAUGGUGCUACGAUUGUCAUUCUGCAUACACCUGGAAAUACCAAGUUUCUUCUGUGAACUUCCCAAGAUCCUCAAGCUGGCCUGUUCUGAUACUCUCAUUGAUAACAUCCUGAUUUAUAUUUCAUCCUGCAUAUUUGUUGGUGUUCCUAUCUCUGGAAUCAUUUUUUCUUAUGUUCAUAUCAUUUCCUCUGUUUUGAGAAUGUCAUCAUCAGAAGGAAAGUAUAAAGCCUUUUCUACCUGUGGGUCUCAUUUGUUGGUUGUAUCCUUGUUCUAUGGGACAGGCUUUGGGGUAUAUAUUACAUCUGCUAUUGUGGACUCAUCCAGGAAGACUGCAGUGGCUUCUGUGAUGUAUUCUGUGGUUCCUCAGAUGCUGAACCCCUUUAUUUAUAGUCUAAGGAACAGGGAUAUGAAGGAAGCCUUGAGGAAAUUCUUUCACAGGAUGGCUUCUUUAUUAUGA